GCACGUCCAAUCGAAUUGUACGGUACUAUUUCAGGCCAAUUCAUAUUACGGAUAACAAACGUUUUGAUUUUCUUUCUUAUCAACGAAAUUCUCCUAAAUUGACGUUAAAUAGUGUUUUGACUAGAAAUAGAGAUCAUGGCAGACAAUGAAAGUGUGACAACCUCAUCUCAAGAUCAGCAAGAUGAUCCUUUAUACAACCUUUCUGACGACGAUCUGGCUCAACUGCUUGAGGAUCUCCAGAUUGGCAACAAAGCAUUGCAGAAUGAAACAGAGAUGUUUGAUAAAUACCUCAAGCGUGUGGAGCCCAACAUGGCUGCCAUGGCUACUGUGGCACCUACUCCAAGUCAGUCAACACACGAUACAAGGGUGAUGCGUAAGCGCAGCAAGUCCAAGGGAAGUGGCAUAGACAAACACCUUAAACUUGCCUCCGAACAGAAGUGUGAUAUAGCUCAGAGAGAAAUUGAAGAACUCCGUGAGGAGAUUGAGAAGUUGAAAGAAGAGUCAGAAAAGGUUCUUGAUAAUUACAAGGCUGUAAUGGAGGAAGCAGAUACGAGGUGCGCUGAGCUGAAGAAAUCUCGCUAUGAGUUUGAGCGUGACAUCUUGAAGGGCUCCGUCAAUGACAGAACCAAGAAAGUCGUUGCAGAGAAGGUCAUCCGCUACUAUGAGGACAAGCAACGGUCUAGAGAUGCUCUCAUUGAAAAGCUAAGACUAAAGAAUUCCACAUUGAAAGUCCAGAAGAAGAAACUGCAUCUCCAAUUGAAGCAGAAAGAAGAGAUGGGAGAGGUGCUUCAUGAGGUAGACUUCCAGCAGUUAAAGAUUGAGAACAGUCAAUACCUGGAGAAGAUCGAUGAGAGAAACCAAGAUCUUCUUAGACUCAAACUCAUGGCUGGAAACACAUUGCAAGUCCUCAACUCCUACAAGAAAAAACUUCAAACCCUCACGAUGGAAUCAGACAGACUAGGAAAUGAAAUCGCAUCCAGAAAUGAACUACUUUCAAGAAUUGAUGCUGAAACAGAAACUGUAGAGGAGGAGAGGUCCUCAGCAGAAGAGUUGAACAGAAGGCUUCGACAUCAGCUUGAGGAUUACAAGGUUCCUGAGGUGGUAGAGUAUGUCCAGGAGAAAGCUGAUCUCUAUGAGCUUCAGAAGACAGUCAAGAGCUGGGAGAGGAAAGUCGAGAUUGCAGAAAUGGCCUUGAAGACGCAUCGAAAGACCUGGCAACAGAUGAGAAUGUCCAGCGAACACCAGCAGUGGGGUGUCAUUGCAUAAAGCUGUUCCUAUUCCCUAGGUUAAGAACUAUUGUUAAAAUAAUGACAUGCCCCUGUAUGCUCCUAAACUGGUGGGAUCAGAGGAAUUAAUACCUGGUUCUUCGCUUCACUCUUCCUAUUCAAGGUGUGACAUUUGAUGCAAAUUGGGAACUGGGAAGUGUUUCAUAAAGCAAGUAGUCAGUGAUUUUCACAGACAAUUUUUUUCUGAGCCAAUCAGAUGAAAGGAUUUCAGUAAAAGUAUGAAAUGUUUGUUUCAUGGAAUGCUCACCUGGACUUGAUAUUUAUUGCAGCAUGAAUUGCACCUGUACCACAAGUUUAUAUCCUUCAAUGGGGACAAGAACGAUAAUGUGAAACUAUGUAUAGUGUAUAUAAUAGAUUUAUAUUGUUCAUCAUUGUAGGCUAGGGGUGGUAUUCUUAACAUUGUCUUUUCUCUGAGAUAUGACAGAAUCUGUUUUCUGGUGGAUGUCAUAACUUUUUUCAUUAAAAUUGUCACAAAUUUUGUAUCUUUUUUGGCGCACAAAAAAUAUGUGGUUCAUAAAUGCGCAUAAUCCCAAUAUACAAGCAAAAGAUAUGACAAAACUAAUGACACAUUCUAGCAGUCAUUAAUUUUGUGAUUUUGUUUGGUACCAUAAUAUCCCAAUAACCUGCUGACUGAAUAUUUAGAUUGGAUUGUUCCAUUCAUCAUCCAUGACUAUUUUCAAAAAUGUUUUUUCAUGGUACAAAUGGUUAGGCCCUACAUAUGAAUUCCUCCUUUUUUUAUGUUUUCCUCUUUUUUAAAAAUCUCUCUUUUUUAAAAAUCCUUCCCAGCUCCCUGUUUCUCUUUGUAAUUAAGCGUGUCAAUAUACGAGCAGUCACGGGAUGCCAUCUAUAUUUUGAGGAUGUGCCACUGGGCCUUCCUGUUUGUUAGAAGGGCUCCCAUUCGGAACUAUUGGUUAUAUUGAUCAGUUUGCCUCCAAAAAGAUGGGUGGAACAUGGGAGAGAAAUGACAGAGGAAGGACAAUGUUCAGAAUACUGAUUUGUGACAGUCAUAGCGGUGUCACAUCUCGGGAGAGAAAUGACAAAAUAUAUGACAUGGUUCCAUAAUACCACCCCAGAUCUAGAACUGCAAAAACAUUUACGUGUGUAAAAAGAGUUUCCAUUGUUUUUUAUACUAUGAACUUGAUUCAUAAACAGUGGAUUUUGAUAUGUGCACGAAUUCCCUCAGUUUCUACCACUGACUAUGAAAAGAGAAACAAUGAUACUUUUCUCUGCAUUACAGCAAGGCAACCAGGUUGUCAUUCCAGUACUAAAAAUGGAAGGGAAACAUCUUCAAUUUCCAGUAGCUUACAUUAUCUCGAUUGAUCGAGCUGUACUGACCAACUUUGGCAAAAGGAAGCAAGUGACACAUCAGUCAAUUUUAGUUAUUGUUGUUUCUGAAACACCCUUUGUAUGUUGCACGUUCAGGCAAAAUGAGGGGAAGAAAUAAUCGUUUUAUGGAAAAAUGUUGAAGAAAAUAUGCUGUUAAAUUGCAUCGACGCCUAUGUAAAUGACUAACACACAUUGCUCAUUUGCACCAAAUGAUACUUUUGUAACUUGCUUCCUUUUGCCAAGGUACAGCAGCGUAGCCAUGAUGUUUUACCUCUCUGUAAACUUCAUUCAUUGUGUAUUCAUUUGAAGUAGAGUGCAGAAAUUCACUGUGAUGAAAACAAAUGUAGAAAGAAGCAUAGAAGUAUGAAAUGUUUUUGUUAUUCAAUAAAAGACACACGUGAGGUUUAUAUUGUGUAUUAUAAAUAUGAUGAUGAUGAUGAUGAUUAGCAAUGAAAAGAAGCUUGAAGCACUCCUGUGUGGAAGGUGCAGGUCUGACAUUCGAUAAGAUGCCUUAUCAUUCAAUUGAACGAGAAAAGUACUCCAUAUUAUUGAAAUAACGACCACGUCUGUGAUGUUCCUAACAUAAUAAAUGAUGGUGAACCAGCUAUAUAACAUUAGUUCAGAAAUAAUAAAUGCAUAGGCAUUUAUGAUGCUCAUUAUAUCUGCUACAUGCAUUUUAAUUCUCUGUGGGUUUUUUUUUUCAUUCAUGAGACAAGUACAUCCAUGCUAUACAUGUAUUGCAACAUAUUUUUGAUGAUUUGUAGAUGCUGAUGUAACUGCAAUCUACAUUUUAUGAAAAUAUUUAUAUUUUGGGGGUAAGUUAGCUUUUGGAAUUAGACUUGUCCAUUUCUUUGUGCAUCGACUCACAUGUUGAAAGAGUCAUAAAUACUCCGUCCAAAAUCAGUCUUCUGAAAGGUCAAGUCCUCCCAAACU